CAUGGCUCUGUUUCCCAAUCUCAUUUUCAUUUUACUUUAUCUGUUUUUUUAUGAGUCUGCCUCUGUUUUUUCUCUCUGCUGUUCACUCAUUCCGUUUAUCACUUCCCUGAGGGACCAUUGCAAGGCAGUAUUCUGCUCCAAUUGGUCAGUCUGCUCCGUGUACAGCUCCUAUCUCCAGAAUCACCGUGAUGCUGGAUACAGUUCCCAGGGAGUCUCCAAGACCACAGCAGCCUUCCUGCAACAAUGCUGCACAUGUUCCUGAGCGUUCUACCUUCACAGAUCUCCACAAGAGCAGCUGAAGCGAGGACAGCUCCCAGUUUUCUACACUGUCUGGAAGCAUUAAGCUACCUAGCAACGGGGAAACAUCAUUCGAAGUGAAAAUCCUGGGCUACCUAGCAACUAAACAAUGUCAUUUAUUGCCUAUCCAACUCCCAGAUUCGAAAGGGGACCUGCCUCAUAACACAAAGACUAAAGCUGCCUCAAGAAUAAAACUACACCGGACAGCGAUUGAUGUUUUCAGUGUGCUGCUGAAAGGAUGUCUGCACUCCGUAGAAAAUUCGGUGAAGACUAUCAAGUUGUGAACACUUCCCGGGUUUCCACCUACAGUGCUCCCGUAAAAAAGAAAAGGCAAAGGUUUGUAGACAAGAACGGUCGUUGUAAUGUGCAGCAUGGAAACUUAGGUGGAGAGACAAGUAGGUACAUUUCUGAUUUGUUCACUACUUUAGUGGAUCUGAAGUGGAGAUGGAACCUCCUAAUCUUCAUUCUGACUUAUACAAUUGCCUGGCUGGUGAUGGCUUCAAUGUGGUGGAUCAUAGCCUACAUCCGAGGAGAUAUAAACCAGACCCAUGGUGAGAACUAUACCCCGUGUGUGGCCAAUGUCUACAAUUUUCCAUCUGCUUUUCUCUUCUUCAUAGAGACAGAGGCCACCAUUGGUUAUGGCUUCAGAUACAUUACUGAGAAAUGCCCAGAGGGCAUCAUCCUCUUCUUGUUCCAAUCCUUGCUUGGUUCCAUUGUGGAUGCCUUUUUGAUCGGGUGUAUGUUCAUCAAAAUGUCCCAGCCAAAGAAAAGGGCAGAGACUUUGAUGUUUAGUCACAAUGCAGUCAUCUCCCAACGUGAUGGCAAAAUGUGCCUGAUGUUUCGAGUAGGGAACCUUAGAAACAGCCAUAUGGUUUCUGCUCAGAUGAGAUGCAAAGUGAUAAAGUCCAGGCAGACCCCAGAAGGAGAGUUCCUGCCCUUGGAUCAGUGUGAGUUGGAUGUGGGAUUUGGGACUGGUGCGGACCAACUGUUUCUGGUUUCCCCUCUGACUAUCUGUCAUGAAAUCAAUCCGAAAAGUCCCUUCUUUGACCUGUCUCAGCGAUCAUUGAGAAGUGACCAGUUUGAAAUUGUGGUGAUUCUGGAGGGAAUUGUUGAGACCACCGGAAUGACAUGUCAAGCGAGGACCUCAUACACAGAAGAUGAAGUUCUUUGGGGUCAUAGAUUUCUUCCAGUCAUGUCACUAGAAGAAGGAUUUUUCCGUGUGGAUUAUUCCCAAUUCCACUCCACAUUUGAGGUUCCCACAUCUCCCUAUAGUGUAAAGGAACAAGAUGAGAAGCUGUCGCUGACAUCACUUUGUCCCACACCUUGUAUCAGCAACAGCAAGAACAGAAGGGAGAGAAUUUUCUCCUUGGACUGCAUCGAUACCUUAGAGGAGAAGGGCAACAAAUUACCAGCCAAACUUCAGAAAAUGAGCACCGGCAAAGAGGAAGUGCAGAGGAAAGUUAUGAGGAUGACUGCUGACAUAGGAGAGAAAACUUGCAGUACUGGCGAUCUGCCUCUAAAACUGCAGAGGUUAAGCUCUAACCCCAGCAAUUUCACUGCCGAAGAAAGACUCCCGCUGAAGAGUAUCAAAGUCAAUUCAGAAUCCAUCACUCAAUCAACGGGAGAUCUUCCGCAGAGGGAACAUGGCCUGCAACUCACAGGAAUACGAAUGGAGGACAAUUUACCUGCCAAACUGAGGAAAAUGAAUUCUGGUCGCUUCACUUAGAAAGAGACAAUAUCAAAUACAGCAUGUUACUUUUGAAAUAUCUGUAAAAAUCUGAGACUUAAGGCCUUCGCUUUGAGUGUAUUGGGCUAUUUAGGUAUACAUUUCUGUUGAUGUUGGCUAUGGUUUGCAUGACUGGGUGACUACAAUGUUUUAGUUGCUUAGUUACUAAUUUGAGGGAUAAGAUGGCCCAAUUGAGUCAAAGUCAACACCAAAAAGGCAUCUCUUGUAUUUCUAGAAAAGCCCAGACAAACUCAAUUGAAAUAAUUUAACAGCAAAUCAACUUUUAAAAGGCCUGAGUAAAGAUCAUUUCCUGGAUCCCCUGGUGUAGUUCAAUUGAUAAAUUAACUUUCCACUAUCUGUCAGUUAUAAUUGACUUGAGAUCUACCAGCUACAGUCAACCUGUGAUCUUUCUUGAAUUAGUCCAUUAGCAGGGUACUAAUCUAAACUUAACAUUUACUUUAGCAUCCCUGGGAUAAAGAAGAGAGAAAUCAACCAAUUCUAUGCAUUGACUCCAACUGGUAAAUUUUAACCACCAAAAUAGAUAGGUUGGAGUCUGGUCAGGCAUUAAAAAUUAAAAGUGAAACCUUACUGAAUGUGCUAUAACAUGCACUGUUGUGGGUUUAACAUAGGCAAGGCAAAGUCUGUUUGUGUUUGCAGCCUAUCCACUCCUGGGAGACAGGUUGAUUAGUUAAAUACUUUAAUGAGGUUUGCAGCUUCUGAUGUAAACUGCUUUGGGGGAUUAAAAAUGAUUGGCCAAGUUGAUGAGGUCUCAGGAAGUUGGAUAGCCAUAGGGACAUGGGAACAAUUUUGGCAAGAAUCUAAUUUGCCUUUACAGAAAUGCAAAUGUAAACUGCUAGAGAAACUCAGCAGGUCUGGCAGUCUGCGGAAAGAAACGGAUGAACUCUUCCAGUCUGAUAUGACGUUUCUUUACAGGACUGAUCAUGAGGCAGGAGAAGCACAGUAUCUCACCCUUAUUCCCUGCUCUGCCAAAUGCCCCAUCCCAUCAGAUGUCUCCCAUACAAAGAUGUGUAGGUUAAGAGGUCUGACUCUCUUCUUUGGGAUUGAACACUCUCACCCUCAGGUCAUGGAUGAGAUUUACACUCCACUCUUCCAACUUGACAUAUCUGUUCCUGUGGCAUGUUUCAGCGUCAUCCCAGUUCAACUUGAAAGCCAGGCUGUCUUCUUGGUCAGAAACCGAAAAGGCAUAAGUUGUGGAGCCUGGCCUUAUGGAUUUUCCACCUGAACUUCAUCCCUUGUAAUAUGUGGGCCACAUUUUUACAGUAAUGUGCCUAUUCUGGUCCAAAAUAGAAUGAAAACAAGUGCCCAAUGUUAUGGGUUUAAAAUGAACGUCACAGCGGUAUUCAGCCUCCAAUAACAAACUCCAUCUUCUCGUCCUAACUAUUUAUUAUCAGAAGUGAAUUAGUAAAGAAGUAACUCAGUUCUAUUCUAUAGUCUAAUAAAACCUUGGCAAAUGCUGAAGUAAACGAACAUCCUUGAAUGUUAUUCCGAACUUCUACAAAGUGCUGGUUAGGCCCUAACUAUAAGUGUGAGCCAUGACGAACAUGGCCAUUUCUGUGUUCCAAGCUUCUGGAUGGAUGUCAAGAUCAGGGGAAUUAUUCAGAGGGAACCAAGUGUGAAGGUCUUGAAAUUUCAUAAGAACACUAAAAAUAGCAGAGCAGACAAAGUUGAGGAACAAUUUUAAAAUCAGAAGGGUUUUGUGUGAAUGAGGAUGAAUAGUUCCCAGUGGCUAAAUGAAGAGUAACUUGAGGAUUCAAAUUUGAAGUGAAACCAAUGACAGGCAACGCAGGAAAAUAUUUUUUUAAGGAAUAAGUUCUUCUCAUCAGGUUAGCAGUACCCAGAUGGAGAUUCAGGAAUGCCUGUUGAAAGGGAAAUGGAAGGGAAUUUGUAGGUCCAUGUGGAAAGAGCAGGCAUUAUUGGGUAGGUUUUUCAAAAAGCUGAUACUAGUGCAAUGGCAAGAAUUGCCCCCCUUCUGUGUUGUCCCAUUCUACAGAUGUGAAUGGUCAAUGAUGGUGUCAGGUUGCACCGAGUAAACAAAGAGCUGACCAGUAUUUAUCUUGUCAUACAGGAUGGCUGCCUACACGUUGUAAUGCAAGUCAGCACCUAAAACUGUAAACCAAUGCUGCAGCAAAGGAGGGAAAGAAAAUUGGAAGAAAAUAAUUUUGUAUUUUUUUCCUGACAUUAAAAAUUUAAUUUUAGUGAAACAGUACAUUCUAUACUAGGAAUCCAGCUGUUUAUUUAGGCUACAAGAUAAGGAAUCUAUUAAUUUGAGAUUGAAUGUAUAUUGCUUCUAUUUUUUCAGUGUAGUUGAUUGUAACUCUGGCAUUUUGAUCUCUGAAAAGCACAACACUUAAGUCUCAUCUCGUCUCCAGCAACUCCAACCAUCUAACUGUCCUAUUGACACGUUACAUGGAGACUUCUUGAUGUAAACGAGCAUCGAUAAAUAUUGACAUCAAGAUUACUCUGAACUUUGCAAAACCCUGUUUAGAUUCCAACUGGAAGAUUCUGCCCAUUCCUGAGUCAACUUCAAUUUGAGGAGUACUUUAGACUGUGGGGAGAGGACAGUCCUUCAGGGUAGACCACUGGAUUUUUUUGACACAACUAUUAAAUAAUAAAGUUAAA